UCCCCCCAGCCUCCAGCAAGUUUUUGGUGACGUAAUAUGUGGGCUGAACUUGAGUCUACCGAGAAAGAGAGGGAAUCACUAUCCAAGGGUACUUUAUAUACAAUCGGGCUCAGCUGCAGCUGGUUACUGCAUUUCUCCAUGUGGCAGACAGAGCAAAGCCACAAUGCUUUCUCUGCUGGAUUAAAGACAGCCCGCAGACCAGAACUUCCACUAUACUACUUAAAAUUACAUAGGUGGCUUGUCAAAUUCAAUUGAUUAGCGCUUCAGAAGAAAAAGAAGUUCCAUAUUACAGCUUGGAUUCAACGGUCCAAAACAAAAAUGCAGUUGCCAUUAAAGUCACAGACGAACAAACUUCUACACUGAUUUUUAAAGGCAAGAUUAAGAGCAGCCAAGCUUCUGGGUUUGCUUUAUCAACAGAUGCAAAAAGAAGACGUCAUACACGCUCAUUGCAAAAUGAAGGCUCUGACCUGGACCCUAAGUGUGCUUUUCUUCCUACUAAUGGGCAUUGGACAAUGCAGAGGAGGACAGAUCACAAUAAAAAAAAUAACCCAGAGGAGAUACCCUCGAGCCACAGAUGGUAAAGAGGAAGUAAAGAAGUGUGCAUACACAUUCCUGGUGCCUGAACAAAAAAUAACAGGGCCCAUCUGUGUCAAUACCAAAGGGCAAGACGCGGGCACGAUUAAAGACAUGAUCACCAGGAUGGACCUUGAAAACCUGAAGGACGUGCUCUCCAGGCAGAAGCGGGAAAUAGAUGUCCUGCAGCUGGUGGUGGAUGUCGAUGGAAACAUUGUCAAUGAGGUAAAGCUGCUGAGAAAAGAAAGCCGAAACAUGAACUCGCGUGUCACGCAACUCUACAUGCAACUGCUCCAUGAGAUUAUCCGCAAGAGGGAUAAUUCGCUUGAACUUUCCCAGCUGGAAAAUAAAAUCCUCAAUGUCACCACGGAAAUGCUGAAGAUGGCAACAAGGUACAGGGAACUCGAGGUGAAAUACGCGUCCUUGACUGAUCUGGUCAAUAACCAGUCUGUGAUGAUCACUCUGUUGGAAGAACAGUGCUUGAGGAUAUUCUCCCGACAAGACCCCCAUCUGUCUCCUCCUCUUGUCCAGGUAGUGCCACAGCAUAUUCCUAACAGUCAUCAGUACACUCCCGGCCUGCUGGGAGGCAAUGAGAUACAGAGGGAUCCAGGUUACCCCAGAGAUUUAAUGCCCCCACCUGACCUGGCAACUCCUCCCACCAGAAGUCCUUUCAAGAUCCCACCGGUAACUUUCAUCAACGAAGGACCAUUCAAAGACUGUCAGCACGCAAAAGAAGCUGGACACUCAGUCAGCGGGAUUUAUAUGAUCAAACCAGAAAACAGCAAUGGACCAAUGCAGUUAUGGUGUGAGAACAGUUUGGACCCUGGGGGAUGGACUGUUAUUCAGAAGAGAACAGAUGGCUCUGUCAAUUUCUUCAGAAACUGGGAGAAUUAUAAGAAAGGAUUUGGAAACACUGAUGGAGAAUAUUGGCUUGGACUGGAAAAUAUCUAUAUGCUUAGCAAUCAAGAUAAUUAUAAGCUGUUGAUUGAAUUAGAAGACUGGAGUGAUAAAAAAGUCUAUGCAGAAUACAGCAGCUUUCGCCUGGAACCUGAAAGUGAAUUCUACAGACUGCGCCUGGGCACUUACCAGGGAAAUGCCGGGGAUUCUAUGAUGUGGCAUAAUGGUAAACAGUUCACCACACUGGACAGAGAUAAGGAUAUGUAUGCAGGAAACUGCGCCCACUUUCAUAAAGGGGGAUGGUGGUACAAUGCCUGUGCACACUCCAACCUCAACGGAGUAUGGUACAGAGGAGGCCACUACAGAAGCAGGUACCAAGACGGAAUAUUCUGGGCCGAAUACCGAGGCGGGUCCUACUCCUUGAGAGCAGUUCAGAUGAUGAUCAAGCCUAUUGACUGAAGAGAAACAGUCUCCAAUUUAACGACACAGAACUCUGUAUUUUUCAGUUCUGAAAAAUGUAAAUGGUACACGUAUAUUAUUUUGCACAAUGCAUUCCUACAGAUAGUUUUUUAAAAUGAAUUUUACCCUAACUAAAAAAGGGGAUUUAUAAAGGUAGUCCUCCCUCAGUAUACUACAGAAGAUUAGGUGUCUAUAAUCCUAGCUAUUUUAAAAAUAAUGACUAAAUACAAAGUUUGUUUUCUAAAAUGUAAAUAUCUGCCACAGUAUAAAACAAAUCUUAGCUUUAUUUUAAAUCAAAAGUCAAUACAUGUUUAAGAUCCUUAACAAUUUAUUUAAAAACUUUAUGAGAGUGCUGUAACUUCCAAUGGAAAAAUAAUUUUAAGAUUUCAGCAAAGUAUUUUUAUUUAUAAAAAUACAGACAGGAAAUUAGAAAAAAAACCUCUAGUUUUGCCUUCAUUUUGCAUGAAUAAAAGUUAUUUCAGAUUGAA